AAACCGAACGCUUAAAGCCUUAAACGAUGCAUCGCUCCCCAAUCCACUUCUGUUAUCAUCCUCUUCCUCUCUCACUUCAGUCAGUGUACUGUAGAGGCUGUUCAGAGCUUCUGAUUCUUCUGCCAUAGCUCAAAACCCUAUCUCCAUUUCCACCUUCCAUAGCCACAAACCUUUGGCCCAUCCUCUCUUUCACCUCUUCCAUCUUUCAUCACGGAAGAAAUCUUUGCUUUAUGGAUUUUUCUCAUUUCCAGCUCUUCUCACAUUGAUUUGCUGAGUUAUACUUCGAUUUCGUUUAGCAAUCCUUUUGGGAUUUGAAAUUGUCGAACAUCUUCGGACCCGAUUUCGUUUCUGACAUUGAUAAAUUGCUCAAGAAUUUUGGAGGUUUUUUGUGUUAGGUUGCGUAGCAGGGCUUUAACCGCAGCAAAGCACGCAACCACUCGCUCUUUUUUGUCUGAAGACUCAGAAAUUUUGAGUUUUAUCCAUUGAAUGAUAUGGAAGUCACUAGCACCUACAAUGGUGGUGGCAUGAUGUGGUUUUUUAAGGAUAGAGGAUUUGAUGACCAAAGCAUUCAAGGAAUGUUCAGGAAGUGCAAGCGCCUUGAGGUUGUGCAUCAAGAAAGAGCAUCUGAAAAUUGGGCCUAUUUGAUAAGCAUUGGCAUCCAAGAGAGGAAGCUCCCAUCUAUUGUUUCAAAAUGUCCCAAGAUUCUUACGCUUGGCCUUAAUGAGAAGAUAGUUCCCAUGGUUGAGUGCCUCAAGACGCUGGGAACGAAACCCAGUGAAGUUGCUUCUGCCAUAGCCAAGUUCCCUCAUUUACUCUCACAUAGUGUGGAAGAGAAGCUUUGUCCUCUUUUGGCCUUCUUUCAGGCACUGGGCAUCCCUGAUAAGCGACUUGGAAAAAUAAUACUGCUCAAUCCAAGGCUUAUCAGCUACAGCAUUGAAACCAAGCUCACAGAAAUUGUGGACUUCCUUGCUAGCCUUGGUCUUAAUAAAGAUGGAAUGAUUGGAAAAAUUUUAGUGAGGAACCCAUUUAUUAUGGGAUAUAGUGUUGAUAAAAGACUCCGCCCUACUACUCAGUUUCUGAAGUUAAUAGGUCUGACUGAUCUCGAACUUAUAGUGGUAGCUGUGAACUUCCCAGAAGUUUUGAGUAGAGAUGUGAAUAGGGUUUUGGAGCCCAAUUAUGCCUACUUAAAGAAAUGUGGUUUUCGUGACAGAGAGAUAGUUGCAUUGGUAGUUGGGUUUCCUCCAAUCCUGAUCAAGAGCAUCCAAAAUUCUCUAGAACCCAAGAUAAGGUUUCUAGUAGAUGUGAUGGGGAGACAAAUCCACGAAGUUGUUGAUUAUCCUUGCUUCUUUCGUCAUGGUCUGAAGAGAGAAAUAGAGUUGCGGCACAGAUUUCUAAUGCGGAGUAACUUAAAUUGUAGCUUGAGUGAAAUGCUAGACUGUAAUAAGAAGAAGUUCUUCUUAAAGUUUUGUUUAUUAGAAGGAAAUGCCUUGAGUAACCAGGUUUCAUCCCACUUAUAACUUAUUUAUGAUUUUGUGUAACUGGCUUAGUUUGGUUGUCAGUUUCAGAUUUCUGCCCUUGAUGUGGAUUCAUUUAAGUAGUUCAAAGUGUUGGGCAUUUCGCAUAUAUCUAAUUUAUUUCAAUAGAAAUUUAUAUGAUGAAGAUCUUCUGACA